AUGUUUGCUUUUGUCCUUUCCUUCUCUUGUAGUUCAUGUUUUUUCAAGGAAGGUACUCUUUGCAACUCGAUACGUCUUCUGUUUUUCCACUGCAAUCUACCGUUUUGCGGCUUCUGCCUUGUGCUUAGACAUAUUUCUUCGGCUGCAUUCACCUCGCUUUCCAACGUUCCAGUAUGUGACUUCCUCCGUUACUCUCGUACAACAUUUAUCAACCAAUCGUCGCUUUCUAUUUUCCUCGCUUUCAUUUAUCUUUAUUUGCUACACUUGUUUCUCUUGUCUUCGCCUUGGGCUGACAAUAAUAUUGAUUCAGUUUGCUGUUACAGUUUCUUUUUUCUUCACGGCUACGCCCAUAAUAUUUCAUUUGCAGCGCAGUUUCUUUGUUUUAAGAAUUCUUUUAAGAUCGAUUUUUUCCUCUACAGCUAUGAAAUAUAUUCACAUAUUUUUUUUUUAUCUUGUCUCUGA